CCCACCUGAUCAGUGAAAAUAUCAUUGACUGGCUCCUUAUUCACAGAAGGACUAUUGCAACCCUAUUCAUACAGAAAAGAAAGUAUAAAGUAGAGGUGCCCCUAGCUCAAUAGGCUUUAUGGGAAAUAAAACGCACGUGAUGGACAGCCAAGCGUUACAUUGUGUGGUGUUGACUAUUCCUUGGCGGAAGAACAGAAAGAUAAGUGUGCUUGGAACCCGUGGGGAUGGAUGAACCUUGAUAUGGUGUGGAAUUCUGUACUGUUUACCAAGUGUGUUUAGACAAACUGCCCGAUUGAGUUCUCACAAUUAACUCGUGAGAUAUUACUCCUAUCUUAAAGGUGCAGAAAGGGGUUUGAAGAGAUUCACCUUUGUUGAGGGUGAUUUGCCCAAGGUGACACACACAGUCCUAAUGAUUGGUCCAGCGCAGAGUGUGAGAUCUCGAGCUCAGACUCUUCCAAUUCCGGGCUCAAUCUACAACCCCACUACCUUCCUGGGAGAUUCGGGAACGAAACGUCAGCAGAGAAAGGUGCGCUACUUGGACUACUGUAACAUCGCGGUAGGAUGAGUCCGGACAGAUGUGGACCAAAUUAUCCCACCGUACCUUUUUGUCCAAGGGCCUGAGGUUUGCUGGUUGGCUCCUGAGCAGACAGCAGGAAAGAAGAAGCCUUUUGUCUAUACCCAAGGUCAGGCUGUCCUGAACCGGGCCUUCUUCCCUUGCUUCGACACUCCCGCAGUGAAAUGCAAAUAUUCAGCACUUAUUGAGGUCCCAGAUGGCUUCACAGCUGUGAUGAGUGCUAACACCUGGGAGAAGAGAGGUCCAAAUAAGUUCUUCUUCCAGAUGUGUCAUCCCAUCCCCUCCUAUCUGAUAGCUUUGGCCAUCGGAGAUCUGGUUUCGGCUGAAGUUGGACCCAGGAGCCGGGUGUGGGCUGAGCCCUGCCUGAUCGAGGCUGCCAAGGAGGAGUACAACGGGGUGAUAGAAGAAUUUCUGGCUACAGGAGAGAAACUUUUUGGACCCUACCUUUGGGGAAGGUAUGACCUGCUCUUCAUGCCACCAUCCUUUCCGUUUGGAGGAAUGGAGAACCCUUGUCUGACCUUUGUCACCCCCUGCCUUCUGGCAGGGGACCGCUCUUUGGCUGACGUCAUCAUCCACGAGAUCUCCCACAGUUGGUUCGGGAACCUGGUCACUAAUGCCAACUGGGGGGAAUUCUGGCUCAAUGAAGGCUUCACCAUGUAUGCCCAGAGGAGGAUCUCCACUGUCCUCUUUGGCUCUGCUUACACCUGCUUGGAAGCUGCCACUGGCCGGGCUCUGCUUCAGCAGCACAUGGACAUCACUGGCAAGGAACACCCACUCAACAAGCUCCGCGUGAAGAUCGAACCAGGUGUCGACCCAGAUGAUACCUACAACGAGACUCCCUACGAGAAAGGCUUCUGCUUUGUCUCAUACCUGGCCCACUUGGUGGGUGACCAGGAUCAAUUUGACAAUUUUCUCAAGGCCUAUGUUAAUGAAUUCAAAUUCCAAAGUAUCUUAGCUGAGGACUUUCUAGAGUUCUACUUGGAAUACUUCCCUGAGCUGAAGAAGAAGAAUGUGGAGUCCAUUCCAGGUUUUGAGUUUGAUCGGUGGUUGAAUACCCCGGGCUGGCCCCCCUACCUCCCUGACCUCUCCCCUGGGGACUUACUUAUGAAGCCCGCUGAAGAGCUGGCCCAGCUGUGGGUGGCCAAGGAGCUGGACAUGAAGGCCAUCGAAGCUGUGGCCAUUUCUUCCUGGAAGACCUACCAGCUGGUGUAUUUCCUCGAUAAGAUCCUCCAGAAAUCCCCUCUCCCUCCCGGGAACGUGAAGACACUCGGAGAGACAUACCCAAAGAUCUCAAACUCCCAGAAUGCAGAGCUCCGGCUACGAUGGGGCCAGAUCGUCCUUAAGAAUGACCACCAGGAGGAUUUCUGGAAAGUGAAGGCAUUCCUGCAGAGCCAGGGGAAGCAGAAGUAUACUCUUCCGCUGUACCACGCAAUGAUGGCUGGCAGCAAGGUGGCCCAGACCCUUGCCAAGGAGACCUUCGAGGCCACUGCCCCCCAGCUCCACAGCAAUGUAGUCAACUACGUCCAGCAGAUCGUGGCGCCCAAGGGCAAUUAGAGGCUCUGGGCCUGGCUUCUGCCUCUUCAGACUUUGCAGGCUUUCAGAAUAUUCCCAAAUUCCAGUUCUCCAGCCAAAUUCCUGAAGUUUACACACCCUUGGGGAAAUCUGGUCUCUGGGCUUGGUGUCUGUGACUCUUGGGCCUCUGCUCUGGUGGAAACUUCUCUGGACCAGCAAGUCCUAAGACCAGAGAACCUUCCACAGCUCUCUGCUGGCUUUGGUGAGGGCGGCUGUCUUCUCCCUCCUCCCUGCUGUCGGGGAAGGUCGGAGAUUUUCUUACGCCUCUCCUCCCCUCUCUUCUCCCUCCUCUUUUUUCUUUUCUUUUCUUUUCUUUCUUUUCUUCUUUUCUGAUUCUUGAAGUACUAUGCAAAGGGCUGCAUUCUGGUAAUUCAUUUUUUCAGGUUUAAUCUUUAUUUUAAUAAA